AUGGAAAUAUCGGAAAAACAAGCUUCUGGGAUUGAAUCGCAGACAGUCGCACCUUUUGACGCCGAAGAACUGAACUAUACUCGGGCAUCUUUGCCUUCUCAAUCGUCCUCGGGUAAUUUCCCCUCUUCACAACAAUAUCCUCGCCCAACAUCUACGUGUGGACACUGCGGCAAUGCCUAUCCACAUCCACAAGGACAAGAUAGCUGUCCUGCCCGCGGUUGUCAAUGUCGUUCGUGCGGAAAAAUGAAUCAUUUUGCUCGUUGUUGUCGUUCGAAACCUCCAAAUCACUCAGUUGGCCAACGUCGCUCCCCCCGUCAGCAACAGCGCAACGACCUGUACCCUCUCACCUCAGAGCCUGAUCGCAGGUUACCUCAUCGCCCAUUUCCACGCCAGUCAGCUCCACGCCAGAUUCGUCACCUUUCCGCCAAUCAAAAUCAAGAUCGCAGUCAAGAUCCCCUUAAUCCCUCAAGCUCUGACGAUGAGUAUCUUUUUACAGUCCUCUCUGGCCCUCCCGUUGCGUUAACCAAUGCAACUAUUUCGCAAGUCCGUGACGUAACUACCCCAAAGGCUAAAGUCAUGAUUGCGGAUGUUCCACUUCAAGUGUUGAUAGAUUCUGGCGCCAGUAUUAAUGUGAUUGAUGAGAACGCUUAUCACACCAUCAUCAAAUCGCUUAAAAACAAACAGAUCCCACUUUCACCUUCCUCAACCAAGAUAUACAGUUACGGCAAUACAACACCUUUACCUGUUCUCGGGACAUUUACUACCCACGUUGAAUCGAAAUUUCGCAUCGUUCCCGCCACCAUCUACGUCAUUCAAGGGUCAUCUGGUUGCCUAUUAAGCUACAAAACCGCGACAGAAUUAAAACUCAUUUCUGUCAUCGCUCAAACCACCGCGUCAGUCGACACCUCAAACCUGUCUUCACCAUCUACAAGCACACACGUCCGCUCUGAGUACCCUGAUCUCUUUACGGGUAUUGGCAAAAUGAAAGACUUUCAAGUGCAUUUGCAUAUUGAUAAUUCUGUCCCACUAGUAACUCAACCGCAUCGGCGUAUUCCGUUCCAUCUUCGGAAAAAACUCGAAACCGAACUUGACAAGCUUGAACGCCAAGGUAUUAUUGAACCAGUGGAUGGCCCAACGCCGUGGGUGUCCCCUCUCGUCGUCACACCGAAACCAAAGAAACCUGACAAGAUUCGCAUUUGUGUUGACAUGCGUCACCCCAAUCGUGCGAUUCUUCGCGAACGUCAUAUCACCCCAACAAUCGAUGACCUCAUUCACGAUCUCAAUGGUGCGACCGUUUUUUCCAAACUCGAUUUAAACUCAGGUUAUCACCAGCUCGAACUCGCGCCCGAGAGUCGUUACAUCACUACGUUUUCAACGCAUAAAGGACUGCGAAGAUAUACACGCCUGAACUUUGGUACGUCUUCUGCUGCUGAGGUGUUCCAAAACGCAAUUCAACAAGUUCUCAGCGGUAUUGACGGUGUACGAAACGUAAGCGACGACAUCAUCAUUUUUGGACGUGAUCAGGCGGCCCAUGACAAAGCACUUCAUGCUGUUUUCGAACGUUUGCGAUCGAAAAAUCUGACUUUGAAUAUUGACAAAUGCGAGUAUAACAAAUCCAGUAUUGAAUUUUUCGGUUACGUAUUUUCGGGCAAUGGUGUAUCCCCAGACCCCAAGAAAGUCUCUGCAAUUCGCAAUACCAGCCUCCCUACCAAUGCUCACGAAGUUCGUAGUUUUCUCGGCAUGACCAACUACUGUUCCCGCUUCAUUCCUAAUUAUUCCUCCAUCACCGACCCUCUCCGAGCACUCACCAAAUCUGAUCAACCCUGGACGUGGACCUCCCAGCACCAACAAGCUUUUGAUCAGCUCAAAGACCUUCUGACUAGUGACACUGUCCUUGCGUAUUUCAACCCUCACAAAGAAGCCACCAUCAUUGUCGAUGCCAGCCCUGUUGGCCUUGGUGCUAUCUUUUGUCAAGACCAACGCAUCGUCGCCUAUGCAAGUCGUUCCCUUACCCCAGUUGAACAGCGGUAUUCCCAAACCGAACGUGAAGCCCUGGGUGUUCUUUUCGCUUGCCACCACUUUCAUCUUUACAUUUAUGGCACCAAAUUUUCCAUCAUCACUGACCACAAACCUUUGGAACGGAUUUUUUCCAAUCCCUCUGCUCGUUCCAACGCCAGAUUAGAACGCUGGGCUCUCAAGCUUCAACCCUAUCACUUUACCAUUUCGUAUUCUCCUGGCAAGACCAACCCCGCCGAUUACCUGUCCCGUCAUCCUCUUGCCACAACACAUUCUUCCACUGCAUCGACACAAGCCGAAGAGUACAUUUCGUUCCUAGCCAAUUAUACCACUCCCAAAGCUAUGACCGUUGAUGAAGUUAAACAAUUUACCCGUGUUGACCCCACUCUGCAAUGCGUCAGCGAUGCCCUCCACAACAAUUCCUGGCACUCUGUUCUUUCCACACCAGACCCCCGUGUCAACCUCCACGAUCUCAAGGCUUUCCACCAAAUUCGUGACGAACUGACUGUGUCUACUGAUCAUGACCUCGUUCUUCGCUCUCACCGUCUCAUCCUCCCACAUGCCCUUCGUCAACGUGCUCUUCACAUCGCCCACGAAGGUCAUCAAGGUCUUACCAAAACCAAACAGCUGCUCCGCGAAAAGAUUUGGUUUCCUGGAAUUGAUGGGCUUAUGAAAAAGCUAAUUGACAAUUGUCUCGCCUGUCAGGCAACAGUCGUUCAACAGCCAUUUGAACCCCUACGCAUGACCGAGUUACCACAGGCCCCUUGGCAACAACUCUCUGUCGAUUUCUGUGGCCCUCUUCCCUCAGGCGAUAUGCUCUUCGUGGUAAUCGACGAAUACUCGCGCUAUCCCGAGGUUGAAAUUGUUCGCUCCACCUCUGCAAAUACCGUCAUCCCGAAACUCGACCGCAUUCUAUCCACGCAUGGCAUUCCCAGAGAAAUCAAGUCUGACAACGGACCUCCAUUUCAAAGUCACUCUUUCGCCCAGUUCGCGCAAUAUAUGGGGUUUCACCACCGAAAGAUCACUCCAGAGUGGCCCAAAGCCAAUUCUGAGUCUGAACGUUUCAUGCGAACAAUUCAGAAAACCCUCCGCGCUGCCCACCUCGAAAACAAGAAUUGGAAGCAAGAACUGUUUCUUUUCCUCCGAAACUACCGUGCAACGCCACAUUCCACCACAGGAAUUUCCCCUGCGGAGCUCCUCUUUGGACGAAAAUUAGCCGUCAAGUUACCGGAAGUAGUCCCCACGUCACCAUCACGAUCCCAAUUCGCCGAUAUCGAUCUCAAAAAGAAGGAAAAGAUGAAAGUGUAUGCUGAUACCGCAGCCAAAGCAAAACCACACAGCUUUCAAGUUGGUGACACUGUUCUCGUUCGUCAAAAACGCGUCAAUAAACUUUCCUCACCGUACAACAAACAUCCAUACACUAUCGUCAAGAUCAAAG